AUGAAAUUUAAAGCCAUAUUAGAUAAAGCUCAAAUCACGGAAAAUCAGAAACAGGAAAAGAAAUACAUGUCACCGCCGCCAGAAAUCUCGUCAGAGAACCUCGCCCCAAAAAUAAAGAAAAGAGCCUACAAGUACGACCACGUCCACGCAAGAGUCGACUCCUCUCCUCCGCGACUGAACAUCAGCGAGCGUUACCACAAUCUGGAGUACUGGAGUAAGAAUCUAAAACAGUUAUGGAAGGAAAAUGAAAGGCUGCUGAUGCUGAUUAGAAAAGUACAGCUUUCAGGGGGCAAAGUGGAUUGUCAUUGGUCCUUCGAGCCUCGCCGUUCACUGCAGUACUACCAGACGAGAGUGGACUUCCUAAAAAGGGUUCACUACGAUAAUUUGAACCUGUAUAAACGCAUCAACAAUACGGAUUCUCGCGUGGAGUCAACAGCGUCUCUUCGACGCAUUUGGUCCCGCAAUCGAAAAGAGAUAGUUUUCCGCGCCGAAAACGCUUUCGUGCUCUUCCCUCCCACACCCCAGGAGAUUAUUGAGGAUGCUGCAUUCAUAUCACCACCGGGAGUUAAGAGACCAAGGGUGUACAUGACUAUUGGUUUCCUCGGCUGCGCUGACAUCGGUGAACUGUGUUUUGAGCUUUUCACCGAUGUAUGCCCGCAGACAUGCCAGCUGUUCACAGAACUUCUGGAUGGAGACAAGAUAGGGCAUGGCUAUGUUGGGACUUGCUUCUUCAGGUAUGGAGAUAAAGGUCAAAUUUUCUGUAAACUAUGGUUUCCAGAUCCAGUUAGUUAG